AUGCGAGUGUGCGUGCUGCCGCAGCCGCCGCUUGGUCGGCAGCCCAGGGCUGGGAUUAGCAACUUUGGGCGCAGCGCCACCUGCUCCCUCCUGCCUCACCUAUACAACGUGGUGUUCCUGUGCGUGACGUACCUGGUGCCGGUGACGGCGAUGGCGGUGUGCUACGGGCUGAUGGGCAGGCAACUGUGGGGAGACCGCGCCAUCGGCGAGAGCACCGACCGCCAGCAGGAAGCCGUCCGCUCCAAGAGGAAGGUGGUGCGUAUGCUGGUGCUGGUGGUAUCGAUCUUCGCGAGCUGCUGGCUGCCAUACCACGCCUACUUCGUGUACGCGUACCAUGACCCAGCAAUGGCAUCCAGUUCGUACGCGCAGCACCUCUACCUCUGCUUCUACUGGCUCGCCAUGGCAAAUGCCGGCGUAAACCCUGCAAUCUACUACUGGAUGAACAACAGGUUCAGAAUGUAUUUCCAGCGCGUUCUCUGCCGUAUAUUCUGCUGCCUGGCCAUGCGCAAGCACCGUGAUGCGAUGCUUGGGUUGGCCUACUUCAGGAACCAAACGAACCAAACCCGCUGCAACUCCGAGAGCACGAGAGCCAGACUCAGGGCAAGCAACGCUGCUGCCCAAUUGCGACAGCUGACACAGGAAUCGCAGCUGACGCAGCAGCAGGAGCAGCAGCAGCACAUGGACAGCGCGGAUGCAUCGUGA